UAGAUUAGGCCACUCCCUGAGGGCAGGAAAGUCCUUUGGUGCCCCUCAGUUGACCUCUUCUGACCAUGGAACACCAUCAAGCUGAGCAUCCAGCCUCUGGUGAGGCCAGGAUUGCAGAAGCGGUCAGCCCUGAAAACCAUGAGGUCCUGCCACAACCAGAGGAGCACCCCCAGUUAAAGGAUGCUGGAGAUGCUGAUGGGACAGCUGGAGAACAGGCGCCGGUAGAACAAGCUUCGCGGCUGGCCCAGGGCCAGGAUAACCUUGAGUCCCCUCCACCUGAUGCGAGUUCCAGCCAACUGGGGCCAGCCCAUGGGACACAGCCUGAGGUAGAGACAGUGGGGGCCUGCUCCAGACCCCAAGAUCUCCCCCUGCCCCCCAGGGCCCGACAGCCUGAGCUAGAUUUCUACUGUGUAAAGUGGAUCCCCUGGAAGGGAGAACGGACACCCAUCAUCACCCAGAGCUCUAACGGCCCUUGCCCUCUCCUUGCCAUCAUGAACAUCCUCUUUCUUCAGUGGAAGGUGCAGCUGCCCCCUCAGAAGGAAGUGAUCACAUCAGAUGAGCUCAUGGCCCAUCUUGGAGACUGCCUCCUGUCCAUCAAGCCCCAGGAGAAGUCAGAGGGACUUCAGCUUAAUUUUCAGCAGAAUGUGGACGAUGCAAUGACAGUGGUGCCUAAACUGGCCACGGGUCUGGAUGUCAACGUGCGAUUCACAGGGGUCUCUGAUUUUGAGUAUACUCCUGAGUGCAGUAUCUUUGACCUCCUAGGCAUACCUCUGUACCAUGGCUGGCUGGUUGAUCCACAGAGUCCCGAGGCUGUGAGCGCAGUUGGGAAACUGAGUUACAACCAGCUGGUGGAGAAGAUCAUCACCUGCAAGCACUCUAGUGACACCAACCUUGUGACAGAAGGCCUGAUCGCAGAGCAGUUCCUGGAGAGCACUGCAGCCCAGCUGACCUACCACGGGCUGUGUGAGCUAACAGCAGCGGCCAAGGAGGGUGAACUUAGCGUCUUUUUCCGAAACAACCACUUUAGCACCAUGACUAAGCACAAGGGUCACUUGUACCUACUGGUCACCGACCAGGGCUUUCUGCAGGAGGAGCAGGUGGUGUGGGAGAGCCUGCACAACGUCGAUGGAGACAGCUGCUUCUGCGACUCGGACUUCCACCUGAGUCAUUCCCUCGGCAAGGGGCCUGGAGCAGGAGGUGCGAGGGGCUCCCCCGAAAAGCGGCGGCAGGUAGACCAGGACUACCUGAUCGCCUUGUCCCUGCAGCACCAGCCGCAGGACACGUCGGGUCUUAGCGACUUGGAGCUGGCCCGGCAGCUUCAGCAGGAGGAGUACCGGCAGCACCAAGCAGCCCCCACCACUCCAGUGCGGGCCUCUGACCCACUGUUAAAUCCCAUACAGGGGAGAGGAGCGACGUCUGGACGCCCAGUCGGGGAGCGUCGGCAGAGGCCGAAACAAGAGUCAGACUGUGUCCUCCUGUAGCUUUGCCCAGUGCUGGGGCUGCGCUCCGUCUUUCGGAGGUGAUGGCUAUUCUGAUUGCUCCCCCAGCUCAACCCCUGAGAUAUGCAGGGUAACUUAUUUAUGGACCGUGGGGGAUCAGAGCAGGCAGUAAAUGCCAAGGUCAGACUCGGUAACAUCCUGCCCUCGUGUGCUGCCACCUUCUCUGCCUCCCAGUCGUCCAGGGCAACAUUGGGGUUGGUGGGGUGAGGAUUUCUGGUUCCCAGCACCCCUGCCCCAGAACAGUCACACUCAUAUACGGACUCAAGCUCCAGGGUGAGGUCCCUGUCUAGAAUGCCUCUCCCCUACUUCCACCCCCGACUGGCUGGGCCCUUCCUGGCCAUCCUGCUGACCUGUCUCCAGUCGUUUCAGGGUUUGGUUUGGGUUUGUAUCUCCAUUAUUUGUAAUGGCUUUCCUAGGGGUUUGGAAAUAAAACUCCUUUCCUGAGACCUGUUGUUUGCCUUGCUCUGCAGCACUUGGGGUUCAGUAUUUGCCGCGAUUAAGGAACGCAAAAGAGGUGGGGGAGGUUAUAGAGGCCCGGAGGGUGGCUU